UUCAAUGCUACUGUGUAAUAUGGCGAAUGGAUUUCAUGCCAUUUGAUGUCAUUUCCUGAAUACCAGAACUAAAGCGUGAUUCAACAUGGCGAAUACUACUACAGCUUUAACUGUUGGAGGCAAUAGAACCACCGGACAGUCAGUUCGAACACAAAAUGUUCUUGCUGCUAUGUCUAUUGCAAACAUUGUAAAAAGUAGCUUGGGUCCUGUUGGUCUUGACAAAAUGUUGGUGGAUGACAUUGGUGAUGUGACCAUCACCAAUGAUGGUGCCACUAUUCUCAAACUGCUGGAAGUAGAACACCCUGCAGCUAAAGUUUUGGUGGAGCUGGCAGAUUUACAAGAUCAGGAAGUUGGAGAUGGUACCACUAGUGUGGUUAUUAUUGCAGCUGAACUUUUAAAGAAUGCAGAUGAGCUUGUCAAGUGUAAAAUUCACCCAACCUCUAUAAUAAGUGGUUACAGACUUGCAUGCAAAGAAGCUGUAAAGUAUAUUCAAGAUCACUUAACUAUCUCUGUAGAUGAUCUUGGAAGAGAUUCCAUCGUAAAUGCAGCCAAAACAAGCAUGUCAAGUAAAAUUAUUGGACCUGAUGCUGAUUUCUUCUCCAACAUGGUGGUGGAUGCUGCUAAUGCUAUAAAGACUCCAGAUGGUAAAGGGGGCUAUAACUAUCCUAUCAAAGCAGUUAAUGUUCUCAAGGCACAUGGCAAAAGUUCCAGAGAGAGCAUCCUUGUCAGUGGUUAUGCAUUGAACUGUACAGUUGCAUCCCAAGCAAUGCCUAAGACAAUUACAAAUGCCAAAAUUGCAUGCUUGGACUUCAGCCUGCAGAAAACAAAGAUGAAGCUUGGUGUCCAGCUAUUGGUUGAGGACCCUGAGCAGCUAGAAUUGAUGAGAAAGAGAGAAUCAGACAUCACUAAAGAAAAGAUUCAGAAAAUUCUAAAUGCAGGAGCCAAUGUGAUCUUAACAACUGGAGGGAUAGAUGAUUUGUGUCUCAAGUAUUUUGUACAGGCUGGAGCCAUGGCUGUCAGGAGGUGUAAGAAGACAGAUCUGAAAAGAAUAGCCAAAGCUACUGGUGCACAAUUGCUGCUUACUCUGGCUAACAUGGAAGGGGAGGAGACUUUUGAGGCCUCUUACUUGGGCCAGGCUGAUGAAGUCUCACAAGAGAGAAUCUGUGAUGAUGAACUCAUUAUAAUCAAAGGGCCGAAAGCCAGAACAGCAUCUUCCAUUAUUCUUCGUGGUGCUAAUGAUUAUAUGGUGGAUGAGAUGGAGCGAUCUAUCCACGAUGCUUUGUGUGUGGUGAGGCGAGUGUUAGAGUCUAAGAAAGUUGUUGCUGGCGGAGGAGCUGUUGAAGCAGCCUUAUCCAUAUAUUUAGAGAAUUUUGCAACAUCUUUGGCCAGUAGAGAACAGUUGGCAAUAGCAGAGUUUGCCCAAUCCCUUCUAGUUAUUCCUAAACAAUUAGCUGUGAAUGCUGCUCAGGAUUCAACUGAUCUUGUUGCUAAGCUGAGGGCUUUCCACAACACAUCACAGACUAGGGCUGAACACAAUGAAUUGAGAUGGGUUGGCCUUGACUUGUAUGAAGGAGUGGUUAGGGACAAUAAGAAAGCUGGUGUCUUAGAACCUGCUAUUUCAAAGAUCAAAUCCUUGAAGUUUGCCACUGAAGCAGCCAUCACCAUCCUGCGUAUAGAUGACAUGAUCAAACUGAUUGCAGAGAAACAAGGAGGCCCAUCAUAUCAAGAUGCAUGCAGAUCUGGUGAACUGGAUGAUUGAUGCCAUAGUAUUUAAAAUACUUUGAUUAUUCAUUAGUUAAAAGGACAUUCUCAUUAAUUUAUUGCACAGAAUUUCAAACAGCCCAUUUUCUUAUAAUAGUUCUUUUUAUCAAGAAUAAUUAGAGUCAUGUUGGACAUCUUUAAUGCAUACACUCAAAAUUUAUUCGUUUUUCUUCUCACGCAAAAAAUAUACAAAAUCAACAACCCCCUUAAAAAUAAAGCAUAGUUAAUCUAGUUAAAAACAAAUAUAAUUAGAAACAGUCUCCUUAUCAAAACAUGUUUGUGUUGCUUUUUUUUUGUUUUUUUUUCAAAGCUAUUUAUGCAGUGUGUGUUGUAUUGCUGAUUCAUCACAUUUUAUAUAUACUUUUGAGAAAUCAUUUUGAAAUUGAAAACAUUUGACUAAUUAAAAUGUUUUGUUUUGUUUACUGAUA